CACACACACACACACAGAGUACGGAAGCCGCCUCGGUGUGUUUACCGAGCUUUGUGGAGGAAGAAGAAGGAAAGAUGGCCACCUGGGGAAGACUGGCCUCCGUGCUGAGGGGCGCUGUGAGGAGUCCUCGGUCUCUGAGGAGUCCCGCGCUCCGCCGUGCAGUCGGUCCCGGUCUGUUCGGCUGUGCUGUCGGUACCGGGCUCGUCUUGUUCUACAGACAGCGCGCUGACAGGAGGACUCUGCCCUUCUCCGUGUUGGCCGAGGAGCAGAAAGAACCUGCAGCUCCUCAGCUGUCUGCCAGACGGAUCCGCUUCAACCAGUUCGCCUCAGUGGUCUACCAAGACGAGCCCUACAUGACCCCCAGAGACUUCCUGUUCUCUGUGAUGCUGGAGGACGUUGACCGGAAACUGCAGAAGAGAAUGUUAACACAGCAGGAAGUCGACAGAAUGUUGGUGUCCGCCUCUAAAGUCGGAGCUGGUAACGAUCUGUUCAGAACGUUAGGAGACAAUGGUUUGAUAUCGUACACAGAGUAUCUCUUCCUGCUGACUAUCCUGACCAAGCCGCGUACAGGAUUUCACAUAGCUUUCAAAAUGCUUGAUGUUGACGGCAAUGAGCAAGUGGACCAAAAGGAAUUUCUCAAGCUGAAGAACAUCAUCGGGAGCAGCAAAAAGAGAAUUCCUGUGGACGGCACAGAGAAACCAGCGGAGGAAGGAGAGCACGUGAACACAACACUGCAGGCCUACUUCUUUGGAAAGAAGGGAGACAACAAGCUGCAGUAUCAGGAGUUCCGCAGGUUCAUGGAGAACCUCCAGUCUGAAGUCCAGGAGAUGGAGUUCAUGCAGUUCUCCAAAGGCAUGGACACCAUGCGGAGAGAAGACUUUGCAGAGUGGCUGCUACACUACACCAACGAAGAGGACAAUGACAUCUACUGGGAGAACAUGAGGAAGAAGAUCCCUGCGGGACAGAGCAUCACGUUUGAUGAGUUCAAAGCUUUCUGUCUCUUCACCAACAACCUGGAGGAUUUCUCCUUUUCACUGAAACUCGUCAUCGGAGCGAACCGCCCCGUUGGAAUGGCCCAGUUCAAGCGAGCCGUGAGGAUCGCCACGGGCCACGACCUGUCCGAGAACGUGCUGGAUACCGUGUUCAAACUCUUCGACAUGGACGGAGACAACUGCCUGAGUCAUAAGGAGUUCAUCGGCGUGAUGAAAGACAGAGUGCUGCGAGGUCUGAGGGUGCAGCAUCAGGCCGGCUUCUCUGGCUACUGGAAAUGUGUGAAGAGAGAGACCCUGAAGGGAGCCCAGGAGGCGCUGGGGGACGGCAGGUGUCCCAUCUGAACCACGGUGGACGUCUCCAAAUAAGAUGAUCACUCCUACCACUGCCCACCUUUGUAUCUUAUAAUCAAAAAUGUGGUGUGAACAUUAGAAAUGUAAAAAAAAAAGGAUUACACCACUAUGUCUGUGUAUGAAUGUUUACAGAUCAAGAACGUGUGUGUGGUGUGUUUACAUGUUUUAUCUACGGACUCAUGCUUUUUUUUAUAUUAGAGCGGCUGAUCACUUUUAAUUCUGCACUUACACACUCCUUUUGCUUCUCACACGCGGUGUCUGUGCUUCAAGAAGGGAUGCAUGCUGAUUCUGCUCUCACGAUUAUCUGGUGUGGGUUUGUUGAAAUAUUCAUGGAAUAAAAAAAGUUUUCUAUCAGUCUGAACGUUGCGCCGCGUCGUCGAUGUUCACACAACAAACCAGCUCUAACUAAUAACUAUUUUGUAAUUUAUUGUAGAAUUGACCUGUCAAGAUCACAUGAGUAUGUGGGGUUAACCAUUGAAGAUUGUGAUGCUAAUUAUCUUACCAUACAUAUAAUUCAAAAAGUAAAUAGACAAAACAAGCUUACUUCUGUGAUAGAUGAACAAAUUAGUGACUGAUGCCAAGGUUAUCAGUGAAUACAGCAUACACAGCUACAAUACAAUAAAAUUACAUUGAGCAUGAAGCCAUCUUUGGUCUUCUUAUCACUAUAAACAAAUACAUAGAAAUUUGUAUUGUAUCAAAAAUAGAAAUUACAUAGCCAUAUUGAAAGUAAAUUCACAUUUUUGACAUACAAUAUAAGGAGAUUACCUAAGAGACAUAUUGUGGGAUUACAUUUUUUCAAUCCUUGGCGUUAAGGACCCAAUGGUUUUGCCACGUUUUUGAACAUUCAUCUGUUUUUUUUACUCCAAAAA